AAUCGCGCCCACACCAAAAGUGUCUUUACACUGUUCGACCUUUUCCGACACCGCCAAAACCGUCACCCGCCUUGUCGAUGUCGUGCGACGCCACACAUGAUCUGAUUUAAAUACGACCGGCAAGCAAUAAUAAAGAUCGACUAUAUUACCGGAGAAAUGUCGACUCAACAGGACCCCAACCCUUCCAAUGAAGGCAAGCACGAUGGCUUGUCCAAAUAUGUUAAGCGCAUGAAGAUGGCUUUGAGGAGGAGCUCGACUGUCCGGACCACCUCGCCCGUCAUGCAGAAAUCAAGAGAGCCCGAGCCAAGCCAAGCUCCCGCUCCUCAACGUAUCCCGCAGGCUCCUACCGUCAAAGCUACACCCGAUGCGACUGUUUUCACCAACUGGGGCGCCAUUCAAGAAGAGAAGGCACGGGCUCUAUUUGCGAAAUACGGAUUGACCCUGGAGCCUGGAGAAUGGAGGUCCCCUAGCGAUACGACCGUGCAGCGUGUUGUCAGACCCAUCCGGAUGCGAGUCCGCCGUACCUGCCAUCGCUGCCAGACCACCUUUGGCCCGAACAAAGUUUGUGUCAACUGCCAGCACGUCCGCUGCAAGAGCUGCCCUCACCACCCGUCCACCAAGACCAACGACCACCGGGACGACACCCAAGCUGCACUCCAGGCCAUUGUCGCGCAGAAACUGCACAAAACUGUCCCUGUGCAGCACAAACCCAAGCAACCUCCUCUUACGCUACCUUCGCGCACCGGCGGCCAGGAUGUCAUCCACCACCCGACCCGACAACGAGUCCGCCGUACUUGUCAUCAGUGUAGCACUGUAUUCGCUCCGGAUGCUACGGAAUGCAGUACUUGCCAGCAUAUUCGGUGCACAAUGUGCCCUCGCGACCCGUGCGUCCACCCCAGACCAAUUGCAUUUGUUGAAGGCGUCUGUACUAAUGAACUCAGACCUAAACUCGGCAAAUACCCGCAUGGCUAUCCUGGAGAUGUCGAUGCUCCCGCAGAACCUCCUGCACGGACGUGGAAGAAGGCGCGGCAGCGAGUACGCUAUACAUGCCACAAGUGUUCGACAUUGUACCGAUCGGGAGAGAGGAAUUGCUCCGGUUGCGGGCAAGAGAAGGGACCUGAAACAAUACGAGAUCCACCCCGCCGAGACAAACCGAAACCAGACCCCGAAAUUGUUCGACGGGUUGAAGAGCGAUUGGCAAAGGUCAGGAUCAGUACUGGGUAGAUAGUUGGCUGGUAUACAAUCAAUCUACUUCGUUUUGCAGCGCAAAUGGCAAGUCAGGCCUACACUGACUGCCAAGCUGCGUCUGUUCACUUACGUGCUCGCACCCCUACGACAAGAAUAGCAGUCCAGCAAGCUUUACCUCUGCAGCUCGAGUGCCACAAGGCACUGAGAUGCAACGAUGGUUGGCGGACCUAGCAUUGUUUGGAUCCUGAUGUUACUCUGUGGCACCUGAUUCUUUCCUGGUUACUCCCUGUUGU